GAACCUCAAUACACGACACGUGUCGCAUCCCUAUUCGGCCAAUCACAUAGGAUUCCUGUAACCGUGUUGAAGAAGAAAAAUUACAGGCGGCCGACUCAAAACCGACCAAACCCACCACGUCAGCAAAACCACAACCUCGAAGCUUCCUCCAGCAAAUGACACGCUCACACGUGUCCUCUAUUUCCAACGGCUACUUUUCCCGUACUCGAAUAUAAAACACAUAAACGUGAAAAUACAGAAUAGUUCGUCAUUUCCACGCACUUCAAAAGAAAGAAAAAGCAAAUUCGAUUAUAUUAUCUUCAUAACAAAAAACCCUUAAACCUCUCCACAACAUUUGCAGAUUUGGUGUUGUUUCCCUCUGAAGAACAUCCGUUACAGCAAUCCCAAUUUACGACAACAAGAAAUUAGGGUUCAUAUCCCCCAUUUCAAAACAAGGACUAAAAUGGCAUUGGGUAGGAGUUACAGCUUAGGGUUAGUAAAACGCACGAGUUCAUUUGGUAGGAAGAGGAUUCUGAUUUUGAACGAAAUGGAUAUCGAUUCUAUCGAUACGAUUUCGCCCACGAAGAAACGAUCAAUGGGAAACAGUUUUAGUGCCAGUAGAUCGUUGCUGGAAGCUCUCCCUCAAGAUAUUCUCAUUAGGGUCUUAUGUGGUGUAGACCAUGAUGAUCUGAAGAGGCUGUUUCAUGUAUCUAAACCGAUUAGAGAAGCUGCUAUUAUAGCAAAGAAACUGCAUUUUGAAUAUAAUACACCAAAAAAGGUCCCUGCUUUUCGAUCCACCAUAGAACCAUCAUCACUUGAGUUUGAUGAAAUUGGAGCUCCAAGACAAUUGAGAGUAGCUCGUUCUCGAUUGGAUAGAAAAAAACUGGCUUCCAUUUCGGUUGCCUUAUUUACUUCUGAUGCUGAAGAUGAAGUGUUUUCAAGGAGGAAUUUGUAGAAAGUAUCUACUUUUUUGUAAAUAGAGAGGAAAGAUAGAGAAGAUGAUGUUGUUUGUAAAAGCAAUUUAGGGUUCUUCAAUUGUUCCAUUGAAGAUUAUGGGGUUAUGUGCUUGUACAUUUAGGAAAGAAAGCAUAGACACUAGUCAGUGUAGUGAUAUUUAUGAAGAUGUAAUUGAUUAUUGUUGGUUUUUUGUUAAAAACCAAAUCUUUACUUCAAUGUAAUAUAUGUUUUCCA